CUGUAUUAAUUAUUUUAUAAUUUUUGAACUUUUAAAGGAUACUUGCGUCUUCUGGUUCCCUUUAUGAAUUAUUUUCUUCUUUCAAUUUUAUUAUUCCUAUUUUCUUUUGCUUCUUCUAAUUCCAAUCAAAAUGGGAACUUUCUUGUUAUAACUGAUAUUCACAUUGAUGAAAAAUAUAACAAAAAUGGGAAUAGAUCAGAAAUGUGUCAUUUAGAUGAAAAUAGUGGAAAUCAAACACCAAAAGAGACCAGAGACGCAGGAGAAAAGGAUGCUAUUGGGACAUAUGGUGAUCGUAAAUGUGACUCUCCACCGGAAUUAGUUGAUUAUAUGUUAGAUGAAGCAAAGAGGCAUAUUCCAAAACCUGAUUUUAUUAUAUGGACUGGCGACACUGCGGCUCAUAUAAAAUAUACACAAAAAGGUUUUAAAAAUAGAAAAUCAAAAAUAAUUUUUUUAGAAUUUAUUAAUACAAUGAGGACUGUUACCGAUUCUAUAAAACAACGAUUUUCUGAUGUCCUAGUCAUCCCAAUUUUGGGUAAUCAUGAUAUGGAACCUUCUAAUUCAUUUCCUGAUGAUGCAGAACAAUUAGGGAUGUAUCAAGGAAUUUAUGAUCUUUGGAAGGGAUGGAUUGGUGAUAAACCUAAGGAAACUUUUUUGCGUGGUGGAUAUUAUUAUUUUAAAUCUCCAUUGGACGGAUCUGAAUAUUUAGUUUUGAACACAAAUAUUUAUUAUGUAAUAAAUACUGCAAUUGAAAAUUUUACAAAUCCAGAAGACCCAACUGGCCAAUUCGAAUUUAUUGAAAGACAUUUGGCUGAAAUUAAAUCAAAAAAUGGAAAAAUAAAUAUUGUUGGGCACGUUCCACCAGGGGGUUAUGUUUUUAAUUCUGACAAGACAGAAUGGCAAGUUGAAAUGCCAAAACAAUACAAUAAACGGUUAAUUGACUUGUUUACAAAAUAUGCAGAUUCUAUUGGUUUUAUGUUGUUUGGACAUUUACAUACUGAUACUUUUAGAAUUUUGAAGGAUUCAAAUGGAAAACCCGUACAACGAAUGUUUUUAAAUCCAGCUAUAACUCCGAUGUUUGAUUUAAACAAUCCAGCUUUUCGUGUUUUUGACUAUGAUAAGACUAAUUUUGAUAUUAAAGAUAUUAGAACUUUUUAUGUUAAUUUGGAUGAAUUAAACCAAAAAGGUUCUAAUCAAGUAAAAACAGUUUUGGAAUAUUCAAUGAGUGAAGUUUACGGGCUUAAAACUUUUGAUGCAAAUGAAAUGAAUUAUUUGGCAGAGCAAUUUGCAAAAAAUGAUACACUUUUUAAUUCGUAUGUUCGUUAUAAUAGAGUGAUGAAUGGAAAUGGAGAUAAUGCAAAUAUUGACAGAAAAAUUUAUAUUUGUGUUAUUGAAAAUCUUAAUUUGGAAGAAUUAGAAGCUUGUAUUUCUGAGGUCCCGUCUUCGGCAACUAAAAAAUCUAUAUCUGCAUUAAUUUUAUUGUCUGUGAUUUUUACUGUUCUAGUCACUUUAACUUCUAAAUUAUCAAGUUUUAAUUGCGGGUUUUGA